AAUACUCCCUCAUCUUUCCAGCACAGUCACGCACACACAUUUUAACCCAAUUAAUUAAGAUACAGCAAUGGCGUCGAAAAGAUCUCAAAAUUCUGCUCCGUCUGAAUACACCACCGCAAGGAUCGGUUUGAUGCAGGUAGUUCCGGCGAACUCAACCGCCGUGAGUCACGGCGGCGGAAGAUCAAGUGGAGGAAAUCGCGGAAGUUACGAGAACAAAUCGCAAGUCAGUUACUAUGACAAACAGAGUGGAUCCUACGCGCGUGAGACUGCGACUGAGAAAUCGACGGCCGGAGAUUUCCACUGGAAGAACGGAACGAGCGGAAAUCGGAGCGAGUACAAACAAACUGAGACUCUGAGGUUCGGUAAUAAAGGCGGUUACACUGAGGUUUAUAAUGAACAGAGGAUUCGUGACGUCACCUAUGACAAUUAUGGUGAUAAGCGCGUUGCGAAUUAUGGCGGCGGCGCGUAUGGUGGAAGCGGAAGUGGCUCGUAUGGAGGAGGCGGUGGCUCGUACGGUGGUUAUGACUAUGACUCCGACUCCGAUUACUAAGGAGAUGGAUAGUUAUGGAAUCUGCUUUUCUGUUAGCAACAAUAAAGUGGUGUUUAAUUAGUUGCUACUUUUUAGGAGUUUUUUAUUUAGAAGUUAAUGACAAUCGUUUUGGUUGAAAUCAGAUCUUUUGGUUGU